CUCGUCCUGUGAGGAACACAGGGUAAAUUAUGCGUGCAGCCGCCCUUCUUCUUCAGUUGCCUCGCUGAGUGGCGGGAGGCGGGCGAGCCAGGGCUAUCUGUGAAGUCCAAAAAUAUUAAUAAGCGAGCCCCACGUUCCGACACACUUCAGUGGUGUGGUUGAAAAGCUGCUUUCCCCUCCCAGCACCCUCUCCCUCUUUUUCUGCUCGCAGUCCCCUCACGCCAAACCGUCGCAAGAGGCCCUCAAGAGCGCGCCCUGCAACUGACUGGUCUGCACAGCUGGAGCAUCUGGCACUCCUUCUCGUGCUCCACUCGACUCUUCCAAACGACCUCCAAAGCGGGUUAACCUCAUUCCACCACCAAAUUUUCACAGAAGACUACACCUCUCAACACCGCCAAAAUGGUCAACUUCACGGUUGAGGAGAUCCGUGCCUUGAUGGACAAUCCGCUUAACAUCCGGAACAUGUCCGUCAUUGCUCACGUCGAUCACGGAAAAUCUACCCUCACCGACUCUCUCGUCCAGCGUGCUGGUAUCAUUUCUGCAGCGAAAGCCGGAGAAGCACGAUUCACGGAUACUCGAGCAGACGAGCAGGAGCGUGGUGUGACGAUCAAGUCCACUGCCAUUUCCCUCUAUGCUCAGCUCAACGACCCAGAGGAUCUGAAAGACGUUCCCGGCAAGGUUGAGAAGAACGACUUCUUGAUCAACUUGAUCGACUCUCCCGGUCACGUUGACUUCUCUUCCGAAGUCACUGCUGCGCUCCGUGUCACCGACGGUGCCCUCGUUGUCGUCGAUACUGUAGAAGGUGUCUGCGUCCAGACCGAAACCGUGCUCCGCCAGGCUCUCGGUGAGCGCAUCAAGCCCGUCGUCAUCAUCAACAAGGUCGACCGUGCCCUUCUCGAGCUCCAAGUCACCAAGGAGGAUCUGUACCAGAACUUCUCCCGUGUCAUUGAGUCCGUCAACGUCGUCAUCGCUACCUACUAUGACAAGGCCCUUGGUGACUGCCAGGUCUACCCCGACAAGGGUACCAUCGCCUUUGGCUCCGGUCUGCACGGCUGGGCUUUCACUGUCCGCCAGUUCGCUUCUCGUUAUGCCAAGAAGUUUGGCGUUGACAAGAACAAGAUGAUGGAGCGCCUCUGGGGUGACAGCUACUUCAACCCCAAGACCAAGAAGUGGACCAAGAACGGCACCUACGAGGGCCAGCAGCUCGAGCGUGCUUUCAAUCAGUUCAUCUUGGACCCCAUCUUCAGGGUGUUCAAUGCGGUCAUGAACUUCAAGACGGACGAGAUCCCCAAGCUUCUCGAGAAGCUCGAGAUCAAGCUUAGCUCUGACGAGAAAGAUCUGGAGGGCAAGCAGCUCCUCAAGGUGGUCAUGAGGAAAUUCCUUCCUGCCGCUGAUGCUCUUUUGGAGAUGAUGAUUCUCCACCUUCCUUCCCCUGUUACUGCCCAGAAGUACCGCAUGGAGACUCUGUAUGAGGGUCCCCAUGAUGAUGUCAACGCCAUCGGUAUCCGUGACUGCGAUCCCAAGGGUCCCCUCAUGUUGUACGUCUCCAAGAUGGUGCCGACGUCCGAUAAGGGCCGGUUCUACGCUUUCGGUCGUGUCUUCUCCGGUACCGUCCGCUCCGGCCUGAAGGUCCGCAUCCAGGGCCCCAACUAUACCCCCGGCAAGAAGGAAGACUUGUUCAUCAAGGCUGUGCAGCGUACCAUUCUCAUGAUGGGCCGUUUCGUCGAGCCCAUCGAGGAUGUCCCCGCUGGUAACAUUCUCGGUCUGGUCGGUAUCGAUCAGUUCCUGCUCAAGUCUGGUACCCUCACCACCAAUGAGACGGCACACAACCUCAAGGUUAUGAAGUUCUCCGUCUCCCCCGUCGUGCAACGUUCCGUCGAGGUCAAGAACGCCCAGGAUCUUCCCAAGCUCGUCGAAGGUCUCAAGCGUCUGUCCAAAUCCGAUCCUUGCGUCCUCACCUACAUCUCUGAUUCCGGUGAACACGUCGUUGCCGGUGCUGGUGAGUUGCACUUGGAGAUUUGCUUGAAGGAUCUUGAGGAAGAUCACGCCGGUGUCCCUCUCCGCGUCUCCGACCCCGUCGUCCAGUACCGUGAGACGGUCAACAGCACCUCGAGCAUCACCGCUCUGUCCAAGUCGCCCAACAAGCACAACCGUCUCUAUGUCACUGCUCAGCCCCUUGACGAGGAGGUUGCCCAGGCUAUUGAGUCUGGUCAGAUCGGGCCCCGUGACGAUUUCAAGGCCCGCGCCCGUAUCCUCGCCGAUGAGUAUGGUUGGGACGUCACCGAUGCCCGUAAGAUUUGGUGCUUCGGCCCCGACACCACUGGCGCCAACUUGCUCGUUGACCAGACCAAGGCCGUUCAGUAUUUGAACGAAAUCAAAGACUCCGUCGUGUCUGGCUUCCAGUGGGCAACCAAGGAGGGCCCUAUCGCCGAAGAGCCCAUGCGUUCCAUUCGGUUCAACAUCAUGGACGUUACUCUCCAUGCUGAUGCUAUCCAUCGUGGUGGUGGUCAGAUCAUUCCUACUGCUCGCCGUGUGUUGUACGCCGCUACGCUGCUCGCCGAACCGGCUCUCCAGGAGCCCGUCUACCUCGUCGAGAUCCAGGUGCCCGAGCAGGCAAUGGGUGGUAUCUACGGUGUCCUUACCCGCAGGCGUGGUCACGUCUUCGAGGAGAACCAGCGUGUCGGCACGCCCCUCUUCAACGUCAAGGCUUACCUUCCCGUCAACGAGUCGUUCGGUUUCACUGCCGAUCUGCGAUCACACACUGCCGGUCAGGCCUUCCCUCAACUGGUCUUCCAUCACUGGCAGAUUCUCCAGGGUGGAUCGCCGCUUGAUGCCUCGACGAUGCCUGGUAGGAUCGUUUCCGAGAUGAGGAAGCGCAAGGGUAUCAAGGUCGAGGUGCCCGGUGUUGACAACUACUAUGACAAGCUAUAGAGAACAGGUAUCAAAAGUUUUAGAUUCCUUUUUCUCUCGAUCAUUGCCAAUCUGCAUACUUCGCGCGCUCAUCGGCGGUCGCUCGAUACCAGAAACAGGUCGUCCUUGCGUAUUCAGAGCGUGGACAUUAUGACCCGCCAGUUUUCAGGGUCGAACCUUUCAGGUCCAGCUCAAGAGACUGGCAAUGAUCCAUUGGCUUUUAGCUUGUUCUUGUGUGAUGUGGACAAAGGAAGAUUCAAUGUUAUGCCCGUCGUAUCAAACCUCGUAUUUCCACUUGUGAUGUUCCUUUGCUGGGUGUUGCUGCAUUCCCAGACACAGCACGGCGUGGCUGGAUUUGUUGCCAUUCUCCCCUUUCGGCCAGAGGGGUAUGCUUUGUGCGCCUCCCUCUCUGUCAAUC